AACGCGGCUCCCGGCACCAGGCGGGGCCGGUCGAAGGCCUCCUGAGGGCGGUUCCGAGCAAAGCCCGGCCCGGGCCGGGACUGCGAAUCCCGGCAGUCCCCGCGGGCCGCGCCCGCCCGGGCGGUGCCGGGAAUGCGGGCGGCCGGCGGAGCCAUGGCGUCCUUCCGCCUUGCUCUUAUCCAGCUUCAUGUAUCCGCUGUUAAAUCAGAUAAUCUCCAACGAGCCUGUGGACUGGUGAGGGAAGCAUCAGCUAAAGGAGCAAAACUUGUGGCUCUACCUGAAUGCUUUAAUUCUCCAUAUGGAACCCAAUACUUUAAGGAGUAUGCAGAGAAGAUCCCUGGGGAAUCAACACAAAAGCUGUCAGAAGUUGCAAAGGAGUGCAGUAUAUAUCUCAUUGGAGGAUCCAUUCCAGAAGAAGAUGGUGGAAAGCUCUAUAAUACAUGUACUGUCUUUGGGCCUGAUGGUGCUCUGCUGGCAAAGCAUAGGAAGGUUCAUUUGUUUGACAUUAAUGUUCCUGGGAAGAUACAGUUCAAAGAGUCUGAAACACUGAGUCCAGGGAAUAGUUUCUCCAUGUUUGACACACCAUACUGCAAAGUGGGCCUGGGCAUCUGCUAUGAUAUGAGAUUUGCUGAGAUGGCUCAAAUCUACAGCCAGAAAGGUUGCCAACUGCUGAUAUAUCCAGGGGCUUUUAACAUGACAACAGGACCGGCUCAUUGGGAACUCUUACAAAGGGGACGAGCUGUUGAUAAUCAACUCUAUGUAGCUGCUGUAUCUCCUGCUAGAGAUGAAAAAGCAUCCUAUGUUGCCUGGGGACACAGCACUGUAGUAAAUCCUUGGGGUGAAGUCAUAGCCAAAGCUGGGGCUGAGGAAACAGUUGUAUACACAGAUAUAGAUCUAAAGAAACUUGCAGAAAUACGUCAACAAAUUCCUAUUUUAAACCAGAAGCGUUGUGAUCUCUAUGGUGUAGAGAUGAAAAAGUGAAGCUGGGUGAAGAGGGAAGGUUCAGCUGUCACAAUGGCUGUUGCCUUCAUCUUUGGAAGGAUUUCCUUAGUAGUUGUUCCACAAUUUACUGCCAAAUGUGCCGGUUAGGAAACCAUCACAUAACAAAAAACUUGGUGUAAUUCUAAUAUAAUUGAAAUAUAACUUUUGUAUUUCCUCUCAUACUUAAAUAUUUCAUAGUACUUUGCAGCUAGGAUAAAGAUGGAGAUGAAAUCAGUUCAACACAGCAGUGAUUAACAUUGAUUUUUACACAUCAUAAUGUCUUAGUUACCUUCUGAGGGCUGUUUUGUAGAACACAGAAAUGGAAUUCUUGUUCUCUGAAACUCUCUCUCAAGUCAGCUUUGAAUUUUGAAUUUUUCAGUGAAUUAUCAGAAAAUCUAGAAGCAUAAUUCUUCUCACUCUGUCCUUUUUAGAUGUACGUGACUUAACCUAGGUCCUUGAAUGCCCUACUUCUAACUUGGGAAGCUUAAAAUUUAACACACUGAGCAAAACAGGCCGAAUUCUGCUCUUCACUACACAAGACACCGCAAGAAGCUGCCAGACAGAGCUGCUCCUAUAGAAUAUGUAACAGUUUUUGGUUCAUGUGUUUGUCUGGAUCUGUGUAUUAAAUUCUCCUUAUGGCAAAUCUUGUUCAUUGCUGAAGUGACAUGGGUUACUGUGUUGCUAAAAUAAUUCAGACGUUGCCACACCUUUGCUCUCCAUACUGCUUCCUUAACAGAAUGUCUGAGUGGGCUUUAAUUCUGCUGCCUGGAAAAGGCUGAGGGGAGUCAGGUUGGAAAACCUGUUACACUAAGUCCUUCUGCCCACGGUCUCCCAGAAGACUGCUCAAUGUUUGAAUGCAUUAUUGCUGUCAUGGGCAGCUCCCAUCCACUGCAGAGAAAACUUUCCUUACUGUGCUGCUUUUGCUGGAGACAAACUGUGAACAAUAGCUUUAAAAUGCUGAGAACCAGCCAAGCAUGUUCCACUUUUGGUUUUGGGUUGGUUUUUUGUGUUUUUGUUUUUUUUUUUAAGGAAGACAUCUUUUAAUGUAAAAAGCAUUUACAAAUUAUGCUUUUUAUUCCUUGGGAUGAAAAUAAGAAGCAACUUACCAGCCUUCACUGAUAAGCUUUUCGUUUUCCAGCAGCAUAAAACAACCCUAAGGCUAAAAGUGACUUCAAAAUACAAAAAUGGGAAGGAGAAAAGGUUUUAUCUUGCUCUAGCUAACCACAUUUCCCCCAAAACCAUCUUACCUUUUAUUCAUGUUCAGCAAUCCUCCUCUUCCCACAGUUUUUUGGUUUGGUGGGGUUUUUUGUGGGUUUUUUUUGUUUGGUUGGUUGUUUUUUUUUUUACAUUUUGGCUUCUCUGCAAUGAGCUGAGUGUGUGUUCUAUAAACAAAAGCUCAGCCAAACCCAGAUACAUCCUUUCCCUCAAUUCCACUUGGUGGCAUUCUGUAUCAGCAGGUAUUUAUGGUCUACACUUUUCACUGCAUUUUGGUGUACAUACUGCACCAGAACUUUUAAGAAACAAGCCACAGAGCACAAGGUGAAAUGAAGGUUUAUUUGUUGAAAAAUAAAUAUUAAAAAAUUAACAAUUUA